GAUCUACUGCAGCUACAGCAAUGGCACCUACAAUCAUUUCCUCAGCAGACUACCCAAAGAGGCAUGUGAAUCUGCCACAUAAGAUAAGAAAACCAGUUGUUGAGAAGAUGCGCAGGGAUCGCAUCAACAAAAGUAUCGAGGAACUCAAGGAUCUCCUCGGUCCACAGCUCCUCAACCAGCAACCCGACUCCAAGCUAGAGAAAGCCGACAUUCUGGAGAUGACCGUUUACCUCCUGAGACGACAGCUCCAGCUUAAGACUCUGCAACAUUGUGAUGCUGUUAAAAAGGGCUUUUCCAGGUGUGCUCAAGAGGUUGUUUACUUCCUGUCCAAGGACUCUGGGAAAACACAGUCCUAUGGAAAGUUGCUGACCCAGUUCCAGACCCUACAACCAUCUUGUGAUGACUACCAGAAGGAGAGUGACCAGUGUCAGUUAAACUCUUCUGUCCAGCAUGUCCAGGGUAAAGACAAGAUUCUAACCAAGAGCGACCCCUGGAGGCCCUGGUAGAACAUUACACAGAAAAGACUUGAAAUCCAACAAAAUGACCAACAAAAAUUGAAAUGACCAAUUUUUACAGCCUGCAAGGCAGUUUGCAGGGAGUUUAUCCUCUUUACAUCAAAGAAUGCAAAUAAGAUUGUAAAUGCAAACAUUUUGUAAUUUAUGUUGUCUUCAGUGAAGACACAAACUCAAACUGUAUGAGUUUCAGAUUUCCAUUGUUUUACAAUUAAGUGAAAUGAUUCUCUAUUUCAUUUGUAUUGAUUUUGUUAAGAAAUCAGAGUUAAUUCAAACUUAUGCUCUAUGUCUUUUAAGAAGUCAAUUGAAAAUGUAUCAUGUUGAUAUUAUUUUCAUGGCUGAACAUCCGUUUUUUUGAUGUUAGUGAAAUGCUUUGAAUUUGUAAUGGUGAAAGAUGGCUUACCUUAGAUCUCUAUUUUGAGACAUAUUUUCUUUUUUGAUCAUUAAGAAAACAAUAUUUUCCUUCCACUCGAAGGACAUCCUGAUAUGAUUAUGAUGUUUUUUUUAUAAACAUGCAUGUAUAAAAUAUAUUGUUGUUCCAAUGGAGACUGACCUGUUAAGAGCAUUGUAUUGUUGAAAAUGAUACAAUAAUAGUUCAAAUUGUUAGAAGAUAUUUUGUAUGGCCUAAUUUUCUCAUACCAGAUUUAGACUUAAGAAAGAAGAAGUGUAAAUCCGCAAGAUGUUUUUAGACAUCCUGAUAUUAUGAUGUUUUUUAUAAAAACAACUUUUUAAACACCUUGUUGUUCCAAUGGAGACUAAGCUUUAAGAGUAUUGCAUUGUUGACAAUAAUACUACUUCAAAUUGUUUGAACAUAUUUUAUGUGGCCUAAUUUUCUCAGGCCAUGCAGGUUGCAAUAGAAUAUUGCAAUUCAAAACGUUUCUAAAAACA